AUGAAGGAACCUUACAACUAUCCUGCACACCUCAAAGAUUCUUUGGCUGUAAGGAAAGCGGCUGCAUUCAAGACGAUUUGCCAAUUGGCGCACGUGGUGCCCUCGUUCUUUGCCGCUGAAGUGCCUGUGCAGCGCUUCAAUGACAAGGACAACGACGAUGUACGAAUCAGGUUUAACCUGACCUUCGACGACUUCCCAGCCUUCUACAUAUUCAAGGACUCCAUGCCGAGCAUUAGGUACACAGAUGCCACACAAGCACCAAACAUGAUUCGCUGGCUGCGGUCGCAUGGCAUCAUGAUGCCAUCCAUCGACAGCAUCGACGAGCUGGACGAGGUUGUGGACCAGUUCUUGAAGCAACCGGAGCAGAGGUACUUGGAAACAAUGAGAGAUCUGGCCAAGAAGUACAGCACGGACUUCAAGGCGUCAAUGUACGUCAAGAUCAUGGAGAGGAGUCUCGAAAAAGGACCGGGCUACGCUGCCGAGGAGAUCGACCGUGUCAUGAAGAUCUUGCAGGGCAAGGUUCAUCCGCAGAAGCGCUCGGAGCUCGCUGACAAGCUCAAGGUGCUGAAAGUCUUCGCAAAGAUAGAGGCCUGUGACGUGUACCAGUGCCCCUCUGGCUACCAGAAGAGGUUCAACGCAGCAGGCAUCAUCGGCGCAGACGCAGCGACCUGCUGCAAGCCGCCCUGCACCAGCACCGACGGUUCUGAGCAUGAUUCGCAAGGACAUCACUGCGAUUACUAUGAUGAGCGCACGGUGCAGGAAUGUGGAGACUGGGACACAGGAAGGUUCAGAGCAAACCGCAUGUGUUGCGCCUGCGGUGGCGGACAAGUGACGAGACCUCAAGGGUGA